CUUUACAGUUGUGUUAGGACGAGUCCACUAAAAUUACACACAGGGGAAGACAGGCAGUUGUUUAUACGGCCGACAAGUACGUCGGUGAUACACAGCUGUGGAAAAUGUUAAUUUGUUAAUGAUUUAGGAAAUUCCGUUUUAUGUGUUAUAUACGUUAGGAAAGGUAUACAUCCUAUCCUAAUUACACAGUGUGUACAAAUAAUGCAGCGAAGAGUUGACGAGCAGCAACAGAGACGAGUGUCCGCAGGAGAACCACCACAAUAUCCCAGAGUUAUUGCCCCUUCUUCACAGAGAUUUGAAGGGGGAGAUAACCUCAUGUCGUUUCCACUACAGAAUUUCCCAUUGAACCAAGGUGGUGGAAUGCACCCUGGUCAGGCACCCAAUGCCCACCACGGAGUUCAGCAACCAGCACAUCAACAAACUCCUAAUCAGUCAGCCAUACCACAGGUCGUUCAGCCUCCUCAGGAUGAUAAACACAAAGCUAUAGUCAUUCAAACAGAUCCAAAACAAGACACUGCUGCACAUACAGCACAAGUUCAAGGUCAGCAACAACAGUUUCAGAGGUUAAAGGUCGAGGAUGCACUGUCCUAUCUUGACCAGGUCAAGUUACAGUUUGGUAACCAACCACAAGUUUACAAUGACUUUCUAGACAUCAUGAAAGAGUUCAAAUCUCAGUCCAUUGAUACACCAGGGGUCAUCAGUCGUGUGUCCAACCUGUUUAAAGGUCAUCCUGAUUUAAUUGUGGGAUUUAAUACAUUCCUCCCGCCAGGAUAUAAGAUAGAGGUCCAAGCUAAUGAGAUAAAUGUCCACCAGCCAGGACAACAAACUCUAUGUAUCCCAGUCCAAGGCAUGACACCAGGACCGGUCAAUCUGUCCUCAAAAGUUCCUCCUUCAGCUCACAUACCUAGCAGUCAUAACCAUAGCAACCAGUCAUCUCACCAUAGUUACCAUCAAUCACCUCGUCAUAACCAGGAACCAGUUGUAUCUGGUAACCAGCAUAGUACUCCAGUCCAACAACAACAACAGCAGCAGGCUGGACAACCAGUGGAAUUCAACCAUGCAAUUAAUUAUGUCAACAAAAUAAAGAAUCGAUUUCAUGGACAGCCAGAGAUCUACAAAGCAUUUCUAGAAAUUCUUCACACUUAUCAGAAAGAACAGAGGAAUCUCAAAGAGGGAAUAGUGACAAGUUACAAGCCUCUGACAGAAGCAGAAGUAUAUUCACAGGUUGCUAAGUUAUUCCAGAACCAAGAAGAUCUGUUAGCUGAGUUUGGACAGUUCUUACCUGAUGCCAAUGGCUCAUCCUAUGGAGGCUAUUUGAAUAUGCUACAGAAUGACUCUGCCUUAGGAGUCAGAAAUGAUCAUUCAUCUACAGUAAAGAAACCAGGAAUGAAAAGUCAAAUGAAUAAAUCCAGUCAGCAUAGAAGGCCCUCUAGUGGACAGCAGCCACCACAAAAGAAACAGAAGACUGGUACCCUGAAGGAUAUAUCAUUGGCCGAGGCAGGAAGAUACGGAACACUUACUGAGUUUGCUUUCUUUGACAAGGUGCGUAAAGCAUUAAAGUACCCUGAGGUAUAUGAGAACUUUUUACGUUGCUUAGUUCUGUUUAACCAGGAAGUGAUAUCCAGAUCAGAGUUGGUGCAGUUAGUUCAAACAUUUCUUGUUAAAUAUCCAGAAUUAUAUAAAUGGUUUAAAGAUUUCCUUGGUUAUAAGGAAUCAGGUGGAACUACAGAAUCAAUACCCAUGGGAGCCACAGGAAAGGAACGAGUCAGUGGGGAUCUGGCUAUGGAAAUAGAUUAUGCAACAUGUAAAAAGUAUGGAACAAGUUACAGAGCUUUACCUAAAUCUUAUCCUCAGCCUAGAUGUACUGGGAGGACGUCGCUGUGUAAAGAGGUAUUAAACGAUACAUGGGUAUCUUUCCCGUCAUGGUCAGAAGACUCUACAUUUGUUACCUCACGGAAAACACAGUAUGAGGAACAUAUAUACAGAUGUGAAGACGAACGAUUUGAAUUGGACAUAGUUAUAGAGUCCAAUUUAUCUACAAUUAAAGUGCUAGAAGGUGUUCAGAAGAAAAUGUCUCGUAUGAACUCUGAGGAAGCAGCUAAAUUCCGUCUAGACAAUACAUUAGGUGGAUCCUCAGAAGUUUUACAUAGAAAAGCUAUACAAAGGAUAUAUGGUGACAAAUCUCCAGAUAUUAUUGAUGGUCUCAAGAAAAAUCCUGUGGUAGCUGUGCCAUUAGUGCUAAGAAGAUUAAAAGCAAAAGAAGAAGAAUGGCGGGAAGCUCAGAAAAACUUUAAUAAAGUGUGGCGUGAACAAAAUGAAAAAUAUUAUCUUAAAUCAUUGGAUCAUCAGGGCAUUAACUUUAAACAGAACGAUGUCAAAUCAUUACGAUCUAAGGCUUUGUUAAAUGAAAUAGAGACUAUAUAUGAUGAGCGACAAGAACAGUAUAAUGAGAGUAGUAAUGAACCGUGGAACCCACAUCUAAGUUUACAUCAUAAAGAUAAAUCUAUGUUAGAAGAUGCAGCUUCAUUAAUUAUUCAUCAUGUGAAACGACAGUCAGGGUUAGCAAAAGAACAUAAACAAAGAAUAAAGCAAUUAUUGAAACAUUUCAUUCCUGAUUUAUUUUAUACUGCUCGAGGAGAGCUGAGUGACGAUGAGCGAGAUGAUGAAGAUGGUAGCGAUGAAGAAAAAGAAGAUAGCAAAGACAAAGUGAAAGUAGAAAAAGAAGAUAAAGUGAAAGUAGAAAAUGAAAGUAAAGAAGAAGAUAAAGAAAAUGUCCCUGUUAAGGAAGAGUCCAUGGACGUUGAUGCAGAUUUAAAGAAAGAAGAGGAUUUGUUAAAGGACGAGGCACCAAUGGUUAAUGGAGAUAUUAAUAAUGAAGAUUCAGAUAUGGAUGAUGAUGACGUGUACACAUUGAUGCAUAUAAACAAUAACUGGUACUUAUUUUUCCGACUACACCAUAUAUUGUGUGACAGGCUAUACAAGAUAUACUCCUAUUCAAAUAGAAUUGCUGCAGAGGAAGCACUUUGUCGGAAAGAUCGAAAAGAAUCAACAGCUAUAGCCCUCAGACUAAAGGCCCCAAGUGAAGUAGAACCUGAUGAAUAUUACUCAUACUUCCUGGAAAUGGUCAAAAGUUUACUGGACGGGAACAUGGAACCGACUCAAUACGAGGACCAGUUACGUGAGAUGUACGGGAUCCAUGCCUACAUAGCAUUUACUAUGGAUAAACUGGUCCAGAACCUAGUCAGACAGGUACAAAAUAUGGUCUGUGAAGACACAAGCUGUAAAAUCCAUAGCAUGUUCCAAGAUGAGAGGAAGAAUCGUGCCACCGGUGGCCGUGUAGCCACAUACCACCAACGUUCCAAUGCUGAAUUAGCCUAUCAGAAAGCUACAGAGCAUUUACUGACAGAUGAGAACUGCUUUAAGGCCAUGCUGUUUAAACGUGACUGUAAAUUAACGUUAGAGUUAUUGGACACUGAGCAUGAGCAGUCAGAUGAUCCUGUCGAGGUCGAGCGAUGGUCAGAGUACGUAGAGAAAUACGUGGCUAACGAUGACACGGUGUCGGAGGAUCUAAAAGAUCAACUUGCCAGAAAACCUGUGUUCUUACCAAGAAAUGUUCGACAAUGGCGACAACGGAACAAGAAUGAGAAAAGAAAAGAUGAAGAAGAACAGGAAGAUGGUGGCUCCACCUCUCCGAAAGCAAAUACUGAUGACAUGGACAUUAUGGACAAUACCGAGUGUAAAUUUAAUGUCAACUCGUUUAAAAUUGUCUACGUUGUCAACAGUGAAUACUACCUCUAUAAACGUACAGCUCUAACUAAAGCCAGAGAGUCACACAAGAGAGUGUCAUUAAAGAUGCAUGAAAAGUUUGAAAACCUAGUGUCUAAGUGGCGAGAAGAAAACGUUACCGAAGACAUGAUGGAAAAUAGCGAGCAAUGGAUUAUGGGAGAAACGGGUGAUGUCAGACCUAGUGAGACCACAAAACAUCUAAUAUCAGACCCCGACCGAUCUCCUUACUACGAUUAUCAUAAAUACAGAGCUGUAUUCUUUAAAGAAUCAGAAACUGAUGAAUAAAUGUGUCUUCUUAACUUAUGAGUUGGUUCAGUUACAACAUCGGGGUAUACUUAAGAUUGUGUUAUUGCCUGAAAUACUUUUUACAAAGGACUAUUCCAUUAAACUUACAGUGGGAGGGAAGGAUAAAGUUUGAUAUUUCACAACAUGGAUAGGGGAUUAUUUAGGGUUGGAUGUCAAAUUUAUGUUUUCAAAAUUAUUUAUAAGUAAAGUUUGUUUGUUCCUUGUUUUAGUUUUUUUUUUGGGAGAGGGAGGGGGAGAUCUGAAGUCCCUUCCUACACAUUGCAAUGGAAUAGUCAUGACAAUGAAAGAGAUAUCAACUUUUUUUAUUUACAAUUUGGUAGAUAUACUGAAUUGUUUACUUUUUACCUCAAACAGAAGGAAAUGUUCUGAAUUGCCUUCACAAAUUUGUUAACUUGUUAAAAUAAAAAAUUAUAUGCCUGAACUCAUGUAAACUUAGAACACAAAUAAAGAGACAUUUUUAGGAUUUUGAAUUACACUGCCAGCUUAACAAACAUUAAUUUCGUUAAAAAUAAGAAAUCGUUCAUAUUGUGUUUAAAUUAGUUUGAUACAGAAAUAAAUGAUGACUUCAGCUGUUCAAAAGUAUAAGUUCAUGUAGAUAUGGAGAGAUAACUGUAUUUUAAAUAUUAAACUGCAUUAUAUAUAACUACCAGCAUUCAAUAAAUAUAUGCAUUGAUAUGGGUAACAUACUGCUGUACCAUACACAUGUCCUCUGAUUUAGAUAAAGUAUUGUAUGGGUUUGUUCAGAGUUAGAAGGAUAACAAACUUUGCAGGCUAUAUAUGAUUUGAAGACCAUGUAAUAUAUAUUUACAGAGCUAAUGUCACUGCCAAAUCUCUGAUCACAUGACUGAUAAAAUGGCUGCAAUCUCUUAAAUAUCAUGUUUGUUUUAGGAAAACUUUGUUGAUGAUAUCAUAAUAAUCUUCUGUUUGUCCCAAAUAACUGGUAAAUGUAUUAAUGUUUCAAUAUAAACCACCUGAAGUUCUACAGCCAAUUUAUGCUUAAUACAAUUGUUUGGAAUUUUUAUAUCAUCACUACAACUAUUGUUUGACUUAUGAAGUCUGUAACACUUCAUCCAAAAAGACAAGCUAAUAAAUAGAAUUAAUUUUCAGUAACUGACUUUAUUUUUUAAAUGAUUCUAAUUAUUCCUUCCUGGCAUGCUAAACUAACACAAAAACAGUAAAUGAAAAUUAAAAAUGGACCGGUCAGUAAAGAUGACAUUAAUCUGGUUAAAUAUUACUGAAGACUGGUCAGUAAUGAAAGGAUGACCAUUUAUUUUGGUCUGAAUAUUGACUAUUGUGGAUUGAUUUAUUUCUGUGGUUAUCAAUUUUUGAAUAUUCCUGGAUAUUUGAUUCUGUAGUUUUAUCAAUCUCUGUAUACAAAGCCUAUUGAAAAUAUGAUAUUCGUUGAACAUUUGAAUUCGUGGUUCACCUGUGUCAUGAAACCCACUAAAUUUUAUCCAACAA